AUGGCACCGUCCCCGCCAAAACUCUCAACGCUUAUAACCUGGCUCCUCUACUUCGUGCCCGUAUACAUUUUCAUCUUGGACCCGUUGAUACGCCCGUUUUUCCCGGACAAUUCUUCCUCGUCUUCAUGGGAGGACGAGGAUGGAUCUGCCUUUGAGGAAUGGGAUCAUACCCCGUCGACUCUGCAUUUGACAGACGACAGCUUCAUUAGUCCCGAGGACGGGGUCCCGGUGAAUUGUCCCGGCGAGGCUGAAGGGUACAGAGUACACCUAUUAUCGAGGGCACCGCUUGUCCUGUAUAUUGAGAACUUUGUGAGUUCCGCUGAGGCAGAUCAUCUAGUUGAUAUCAGUCUAAACAAAUACACCCCCUCAAUAAUUUACGACGGCGUCACAGAGCGAAUCGACCCCUCAAAACGCCUCUCCGACCGCGCCCUCCUAGACCGUGACGACACAGUCCGCUGCCUGGAAGACCGCGCCCGCGCCUUCCAAGGCUGGCGUCCGCAUCUCUACAUCGAGCGCAUGUGGGCGCAACGCUACAAUGCCUCCGGCCAUUACCGGCAUCACUAUGACUGGACGGGGUCACUUGCGCGCGGGGGUGACAGACUAAGCACGUUCAUGGUGUAUCUGGGAGCGGACUGUGAAGGUGGGGGUACGAAUUUCCCUCGGUUGAGGAGACCUGUGGGCAAGGCUUGGUGUCGGUUUUUGGAGUGUGAUGAGGAUGAGGGUGCUGGUGGGAUGCAGGAGGGAAUUACGUUCAAGCCGAUUAAGGGGAAUGCGAUCUUUUGGGAGAAUUUGAGGGCUGAUGGGACGGGGUAUCCCGAGACGUGGCAUGCGGCGUAUCCCGUUACGAAGGGGACGAAGGUUGGGUUGAAUAUUUGGAGUUGGUAUCAGCCGCCGAAGAGGAGGGUUGGUCGGUGA